UGUAGGGUGCCUCCUACUAGGACUAGGCAGAAGCCGAGGAGCCCCAGCUAUUAACAUCUGGGCCCAGGAUUAUGUCCGCUAACAAAGGCUGGUGGGUGCCAUCUGAGGGCGAGGACAGCGUGUCUGAGAAGUUCCUGAGGAAGACCCGGGAAUCUCCGCUGGUGCCUGUAGGCUUAGGUGGCUGCUUGGUGGUAGCAGCGUACAGGAUUUACCGGCUGAAGGCUCGGGGCUCCACCAAGAUGUCCAUACACCUGAUUCACACCCGCGUGGCAGCGCAGGCCUGUGCUGUGGGUGCGAUCAUGUUAGGUGCUGUGUACACGAUGUACAAAGAUUAUGUCAAGAGGACAGGACACGAUGCUGGAGAGAAGUAGGUCUCCUAUAGGAUCUGGGGCAGUCAGAUGCCCCCUAAACCAAUCCCUGG